AUGAACGCGUUUCAAAACUUUGAACUCACACAGUUUGCGCCCAAAAACCCAUCUUCUCCCGAAGAGAGCAGCUCCAGGCAGCAGCAGCACCAGCAGCACCAGCAGCAAUAUUCUCAACAAAGCUAUGAUUAUCAGCAGCACCAUUAUCAACAGCAAUAUUCUUACGUUCCAGGGUACCAGUUUUCCACAGAUCAAUCCCACCAACAGCAACAGCAACAGCAACAGCAACAGCAGGGUCAGAGUCAGGGAUCUAAAAACCACCCGUCGUUGCCCUCAGGAUCGCAACUAACACCAGCAGAUUCUUCUUUCAACCUAGGGUCACCGGAUUCCAAUAUGAGCGAGUUCACAUACGCCGCCCAGCCACCAGCGCCGCCCACAUCAUCGGCGCCACUGGUCAACUACACUACAGACACAUACGCGCUCGAAAGCCCCUCCCACACGCCAAUCUCUGCAUUCUCGCAAUACCCGUACCAGCAGCACCAACACCAACACCAGCAUGGCUUUCAGAACGGCAGCUCGUCGGCAUACAAUCCGUACCCAUACCAGAUUCCAAGCCACGCUCAUCUCAGUCAACAGGUUAUGCAGCCGCCUCCGCCUGGGAUAGCAAUUAAUGACGCUCCUGUUGUGCCAAUGUCGCCCUCACAUCAGCUUAGUGGCAGAUUGGACGCAGGCGAUGCGGUGGAGGGCGCGACACAGGGCGGACAGCAGAAAAAGAAGCCGCCGCGUAAUAAGAGCAAGUUCAAGCGCUUCCGAAAUGCUUUCAUUUAUUUCGUCAAUGACCAGAGGGACAAGGUGGAUGAUGACACCAAGAAGCUCAAGAACCGCGAGUUCUUGCAGCUGAUGAGCGCGCGGUGGAAGACCAUGUCCGAAGAAGAACGCGGGCCCUACGUCAGCCUCGCCGAAGAGGACAAGAAGCGCUUUGAGGAAGACGUCAAAAAAUUUGGCAAAUACGAGUCCCGCCAGCGCCGCUACAACAAGGGCCGCGCGAACGGAAAGGCCGCGAGAGCCCACGAUUCCGAACCAUACACUAUUCCAACAGCAGUCGACGGCAACAAAAACGACCAUUCUUCAACUUAUGGAAUUGCGGGCAAGGAUGGUGUUGAACUCGCAUACAGUUUUGACGGUAGCAUCAACGAUGCGCGCAGUACGAUGAGCCCUGCUGUACAGGUUGCUGGUAAUGCGCCGCCAAUCCAUCAGUUCUACACAGGUGGGAUCCAGCCUGUGCCUUCGCCGGCCGCUAUGGCGGCAGUUGCCGCAGCCACAGCCAGCUGGCAGGGCAACCACUACGGGAAUAUGAUCAACACAGCUGGGACUGCCGCAGGGAUCCAGCAUCAGCAUCAGCAGGUGUCUCUGCUGAACACUCCCGACACGAUGCUUCACAGGAGCACAACCCCCAAAGUCAACCCAUCAAACAACAGCAUCAAUAACAGUGGCAUCCAGGCGCCAUUUGCUGACAAUGGGUACCAUUGGACCGAGACGGGUGCAAAUGUAGCCGGCGAUCUCCCCAAUUCUGUCAGCGGGCUGGCCGUGGCGUCGAUGGGCCAGGGCACCGCCAAAUACCAUAACAGUUACCAGCCAGCUCAUCCAUCGGCUUCUCCCGCUAGCUUCAUGCAGAUCCCCGCCGGUCUUCCUAUCUCUCAUUCGCUGACCGAGCCUAUGCUUUUCUACGGUGGUCAGCACACUAACAACAACCAGUGCAUAUCGUCUGACACUAACACGGGCAAUGUGUGA